GGUAGUAGAACAGGAGGAGAGGGCAGAGCAGCCCAAGGGUCCUGUUGCUCAACAUGGGCCCCCCACAGCUCUGGCUGCUUCUGCUGCUCAUCAGUGGUGCUUUGGCACAACAUGAUGGGUCUGAAAAUUCAAAUCCAGGCUGUUCAAGAGAUGCAACCAGAUUUAAGCACCUCAGAAAAUAUGUCUAUAAAUAUGAAACAGAAACAACAAGUGGAGUAACAGGAACAGCUGACUCGCAUACUGGCUCCAAGCUUCAAUGCAAGGUUGAGCUGGAAGUCCCACAGCUAUGCAAUUUCAUCCUAAAGACAAGCCGGUGUAGCCUCCAAGAGGUUUCUGGAAUUGACCCUGAGGGAAAGGCUUUGUUGAGGAAGUCCAGGAACUCAGAUGAUUUUGCUGCUGACAUGUCCCAGUAUGAGCUGAAAUUCAGUAUUCAGGAUGGAAAGAACGUCCAGCUGUAUCCCGAGGACAAUGAACCAACACAUAUACUCAACAUCAAGAGAGGAAUCAUCUCUGCUCUUAUAGUGCCAAUGGAGACAGAAGACAACUCCCAGACAGUUUCCUUGGAUACCGUGUAUGGAAAAUGUGACAGCAAGAUUGAAAUAAAAAACAGGAAAAGCAACGUUGCUGCAGACAUUGCAAUCAGAAGAAAUCUGAAAUCAUGUGAUAACUUCAACCCCAUCAGAAAUUAUGUCAACCCACUUGCCCUCAUUAAAAGCUUGAAUGCACCACUAUCUACCCUGAUAAGCAGCAACCAGCAUUGUCAGUACAGUAUCAACACACUGGAAAAGCAUGUAGUUGAAGCAGUCUGCACUGAAGAACAUUUGUUUCUACCUUCAUCAUAUAAACAGAAGUAUGGCAUGACGGCCAAAGUCAAACAGUUUCUGAAAUUUGAAGGAACCCCCAAUAUCAACAACAGAGACAUGGAUGUCAAUGGCCUGAUAAAGAGAGGACUGGCCUUGGAGGGCGUUGAGUCCAAAUCCCACAGGCAUGGUGACGCUGUUCUGAGAGUCCUUCAGGAAUUGCAGAAACUGUCAACCUCCCAGCAGAAUCAGAAAAGAGCCAGUCUCUUCUACAGAUUUGUGAGUGGGCUGAGAGGUUUACAUGAGAAUACACUGGGUCCUUUGGUGCCAAAGAUGAUGGAAACUUCCAGUUCAAUCACUAUACAGGCUCUGACUCAGUGUGGUACCCCUGAGUGCUUUGGAGGUGUACUCCAGAUACUGAGGACUGGCAAUGUUGAUCCUCUUGUGGCAGAUGCCGUCACAUACAGCUUGGCACUGCUGCCUUCACCAUGCACCAAAAGGAUACAGGAGAUCCUUAAAAUGGCCCAAUAUCACCCAAGCCGAGCUUCUUUUUAUGCCUUGAGCCAUGCCGUCAAUAGAUUCUACUAUGAGAACAUGAGAAUGACAGAUGAAAUAAAAGAUGUUGCCAAUUUUAUGACAUCACUGAUCAACAACAAAUGCUCUGGGGAUGAUGAACUCACGUACCUGACCUUGAGGGCCAUUGGCAAUAUGGGAAAAGUGUUGGAAGAUGCCAAUCCCAGUGUGAAACAUUCUAUAAAAACUUGUAUUAGAAGUAAUGUUGCAUCACCUGCAGUCCAGAAAGCAGCCAUUCAGGCACUGAGGAAAAUGAAUAUUAAUGAUGAGGACCAAGGAGCUCUGUUGAAGGUUUUCCAGGAGCCGUCUUUUCCCAUUGAUAAUCGUCUGGCAGCUUAUCUCAUGCUGAUGAGAAACCCUUCCUCAUCUGACAUUUCCAAGGUCAUUAAAAUUCUUUUAAAGGACAAGAACGAACAAGUGAAAAGCUUUGUAGCUUCCCACAUUGCCAACAUCUUAGACUCUGAAGAACCUUACACUGAAAUGCUUAAAGGAAAAAUUCAGGAGGCUCUUAAAGGAGCCCAGGUUCCAACAGUCAAGGAUUUCCGAAGAUUUUCACGAAAUUAUCAGGUCACUAAGAGCCUGUCAGUGCCGUGGUCCGAUGGUCCUCUUUCAGGAAAACUGGAAGGAAAUUUGCUGUUUGAUUCAAGUAGCUAUGUACCUAGAGAAUCCAUGCUAAAGACUACAUUGCAGUUGUCUGGACUGACCCCUGUGGAUGUUUUUGAGAUUGGCUUGGAUGGGAAAAGCUUUGAGCCAACACUAGAAGCCAUGUUUGGAUCAAAAGGGUUUUUCCCUGACAGUGCCACCAGAGCUUUGUAUUGGGUGGACGGCAAGGUACCUGAUCGAGUUUCCCAAGUGCUCUUUGACUAUUUCGGGUACUCCAAGAAUGGAAGACAGGAUGAGGACAUCAUGAAAGGAAUCAUCCUUAAUUUUGAGAAAAUGUUCAAAGAAAUUGCCACCAAAGAAACACCUGAAGCCAGAGCCUACCUCAGAAUUCUUGGGGAAGAGCUGGGCUACUUGAAGCUCAGUGAUUUUAAGCAACUAGGAAAUCUCAUUCUGAGAAGCUUUAAAACUCUGCAGACUAUGCCUGAGAAGAUCAUCCAGGCCAUCUCAAAGGGGACUGAGAACGAUCUCUUUCUUCACUAUAUCUUCAUGGACAAUGAAUUUGAGUUGCCAACAGGUGCAGGAUUGCCACUAAAGGUCACUUUAUCUGGAGUAGCCACUCCUGGAGCACAGGCUGGAGUGAAAAUUUCACAAAAGAGUGUGCAAGCAGAAUUGAUUGUGAAACCAUCUGUGGCAGUUGAGUUUGUAACUCAUAUAGGAGUGAACAUCCCUGUGUUUGCUAGAAAUGGCGUGCAGAUGAACACCAAUAUAUACCAUGAGUCGGGAAUUGAAGCCCAUGUCGGGUUGAGAGCUGGACAACUUAAGGUCACCAUUCCUGCACCAAAAAUCCCAACCAAGCUCUUCAGUAUCAGCAAUGUCUUGCACUUGGUCACCGCAACUCGAACUGAAGUGAUUCCCCCUCUGAUUGAGAACAGAGUGUCUCGGACAUCUUGCACUCCUUUCUUUGCUGGUCUUAACUACUGUACCCGAGUAGAAUACUCCAAUGCCAGCUCGACAGAGGCAGCUCCUUACUAUCCACUCACUGGGGAAACCAGGUAUGAAGUUGAACUACAGCCAACAGGGGAAGUAAAGGAAUAUACAGCAAGUGCUAAUUAUGAACUAAAGAAAGAGGAGGAAGACUUGGUUGACACCUUGAAAUUCAUUGCUCAAGCUGAAGGUGCAAAACAAUGUGAAGCCACAUUGAUCUUCAGGUACAAUCGAGGCAAAAGGAUUUUUACCAGUGAUCUCCAGGUUCCUAGUUUCAACAUUGAUUUGGGUACCAACUUCAGAAUUACUGAUUAUUCCACUCAGGAAAGGAGCACAUACAGCUUUAUCUUAGACAUUAACAACAAGAAAAUUCCUGAAGUUACUCUUACAGGACGCAUAGGAUACAGCACCGGGAGAGAGUCAGCAGUGGAAGCUUCAAUCUCUAUUCCUCGCCUGCAGACGCAAGCAAAAACAGAUGUAUUACUGCUACAGUCACUUAAUGGGAUGACUUUCCAGAUUGACUCUUCAGCUACAACUUAUGGCUCCUCGAUUUCAGAGAGAAUUGUCUUGAGAUAUGAUAAUGAGAAGAUUGAAGUGCAGUGGAAUUCAGGCACAAGUGCGGCCCUGAAGAAAAUGUCAGCCACCAUACCUGUAGACUUUGCAGAUUACUCAAAGGCUUUGCAGAAGCAUGCCAAUCAGCUGUUGGACCACCAAGUAGCCAAUACAGAUAUGACACUCCGGCAUAUUGUUUCACACCUUAUAGUAGCAACCAAUAACUGGUUACAGCAGGCAUCAAAAGAUAUUCCUUAUGCCCGAAAUGUACAGGACAAGUUAAGUGGACUUCAGGAGCUAAAUUUUCAGAGCAUGGAACUUUUUGCCAUUCCUGAGGAACUUUUCUUGAAAAGCGAUGGCCAGAUCAAAUACAUUUGGAACAAGGAGAAUACUUUCAUCACCAUCCCAAUGCCAUUUGGUGGUAGAUCAUCCUAUGACAUAAGAGUGCCUGAGACUGUAAAAACACCUUCAUUGGUAAUGGAAUCCUUGGGAGUAAACUUGCCAUCACAAGAGUACAGGCUUCCACGUCUCACCAUCCCAGAGUCCUACACGCUUAGGGUGCCUUUACUGGGCACUUUUGAGAUCUCUUCCAAUAUGUACAGCAAUUACUACAACUGGUCAGGCUCCUACUCCUUGGCUAAUACCACAAAGGAUGCCUACAGCCUAAGAACAAACUACUUCAUGAGAGCCGACUCUGUUUUGGAACUACUUUCAUAUAACAUACAAGGUCAGGGAGAAGCCAGUUAUGACAAGAACACGUUUGCCUGCAAUUAUGAAAGUUUGCUGCAACACAAACUCCUCAAUUCAAAUUUUAAAUUCAGCAAAGCAAACAAGUUUGGAUUUGGACUCAGUCCCACGGCCAGAAAUACCCUAACCCUUGAGACUUCCAGCCCGCUGGGUGCUCGGUUUUCCUUAUUGGCCAACGAAGAUUCCAAAAUCAGCAAUAAUAUGUUUGUUGAAAAUGUAAACAUAGAAGGGCAACUGAAUGUCGCUUCAGCCUUUGCUAAAACCACAUACACGCUGUCAAGUACCACUGAUGUGAACACUCUUGCAUUGGCAGGGGAAUCAAAUCUGAAGUUUGACUCCUCCUUUCUUCAGGCUACUAACCAGAUGACUGUCAGGCUUACUGAAGUUGCAUGGACAAUCGCAUCCAUCUCGAAUGUACAGAAUGGUUUUCUGACUAACACUGCUUCCUUGAAGUAUGAAAACAACCAGCUGAAGUUGUCAUCUGAGACAGCUGGAAACCACAGAAACUUUGCUGCUCUCAACAAGUUUGACUUAGCUCUAGACAAAAAGGGGGCUACACUUCGCUCUGAGUACCAGGCCAGUUACAUAGCAAACCAAUGUUAUGCCCUGAUUUCGGGCUCUGUUAAUAACCAAGGUGUUGAACUGAUUAGCCAUGUGUCUGCAAAAGGUGAAAGGCUCACAGCAGAACAUAAGUCCACAUUAGGUGUUAACCAGGUUGGCCUGGCCAGCACUGCAACAACAACACUGCAGUUUAGCCCACUGAAACUGGAGAACAAAAUGAAUGCCCAAAUUGGCACCACAGGGGCAUCCAUGAAGAUAAAUAUGAAUGGACACUAUGGGAAGCACAAUGUAAACUUUGACUGGGAUGGAAAAGUGGGUGUCACAGAAAUAGGACUUACAACUGUGUAUCAAGGCAGCAUUUUGGAUGUGGACAGCAAGAACACCUUUCUCUUCAGAGUGAAUAAAGGAGGACUAAAGUUUUCAAACAGCUUGAUAGGGUCGUACAAAGAAAUGAAUCUUGAAAAUACUAAUGAACUGAACAUUGUGGGCUUGUCCUUGACUUACGCUUCCAAUUUAGACCACACCAUCAGUCGGGGCAAAUUCCACAAGCACCGUCUGGACUUCCAGCUGCAACCCUAUUCUCUCACAGCCAAUGUGAACAAUGGCUUAAAAUAUGGCAGUACUGAUCUAAACAACCAAGCCCGGUUGCAACUUGAGCCUCUGAAGGUUAAUCUGGAUGGCACUGUGAAAGGUGCUUAUAGUGGCAAUGAAGUGAAGCAUGCCUACACCUUCACCUAUGCAGAUCUGGUGGCACAUUUUAAGACAGACACAGUAGCAAGCAUUCAAGGGGCAGCUCUCACCCACAGAGUUAAUUUGGAUAUUGCUGGACUCUCUUCUUCAGUCACUGUCAAUACAAACUGUGACUCAAAAUUCCUAACCUUUUCUAAUGUAAUACGAUCUGUUGCGGCUCCAUUUACUGUCACCGUUGACAUGCAUACUAAUGGUGAUGGAAAACUGUUGGUCUUGGGAGAGCAGUCAGGGCGGCUGUACAGCAAAUUCCUACUAAAAGUAGAACCUCUUGCUUUCGCUCUUUCUCAUGAUUACCAGGGAACCACUGGCCAUACCCUAAGUGCUGGAACAAGAUACAAUACAUUACUUGAGAACAAGGUCAAUGUCCUUUUUACUCCAUCUGAACAAAGAAGUACAUGGAAAAUGAAGAGCCAACUGAACAACAAUGUAUACACCCAAGAUCUUAAUGCUUUUAAUGAUGCCGAAAGAAUUGGAGUAGAGCUGCGUGGAAAUACUUUAGCAGAUCUUUCUGUACUGGACUUCCCUAUAAGAAUACCAUUUACAAAUACUGAGAGAGUCAAUUUAAUUGACACAUUAGAUCUAAGGGAAAGUAUAGCUCAGCCUCAAGAGUUUGGUCUCUCUCUUUCUGUAAAGUAUGACAAGAAUGCAAAUGUGCAUGUCAUCAAUCUGCCCUUCUUGGAAAACCUACCAGCUUAUUAUGAGCAAAUUCGGCAGUCCAUCUUAGCUGCACUGAAGUCUAUUCAGAAGAACCUAAAGAGUGUAAAUAUAGACCAGUUUGUGAGAAAAUACAGCGCAGCAUUAGAUAAGCUCCCCCAGCAGGUCCAUGACUAUAUGAAUUCUUUCAAUCUGGAAAGCAAAGUGAGCAACCUGAAGGAGAAACUGAAUGCAUUUACAAAGGAUUAUAGCAUAACACUGGAUGACCUUCAACGUGCUUUGGAAAAUGCCAGAACUAAUCUUCAAGAAGCUUUGUCUAAACUUCAAAUAUUCCUGGUAAAAGCUGAGAACUAUAUCGGAGAGAACUAUGACUUGAGAGCAGCUAUUGUGCAACUUAUUGAACAAAUUGUUGAAAAAAUGAAAGUUAUAGAUAGGCAAUAUGAAAUCAGUGCAAAAAUGAUUGACACUAUUCAGCAACUGCAAUCUGUUAUCUCUAAGUAUGACAUUAACCAGAUAGGAAGCAAUGCUGCUGCUUGGGUUCAAAAUAUGGAUGAUGAGUACAAAAUCAAAGCUCACGUGCAAGAAAAACUAGAUCAACUGAAGAGCCAGAUCCAGAAUAUAGAUGCUCGCCGUAUUGCAGAGAGUUUGAAGCAGCAGGUGGAGACAAUUGACAUUAGAACACUUACAGAAAAACUGAAAGUGUCCUUUCCAAUUGAAAAAAUCAAUCAAAUUCUUGAACAAAUUAAAACUAUCCUUCUAAAUUACAUGGAGGAGUAUGAAGUUUCUGAGAAGAUCAAUGUGUUUCGGGCCAAAAUGCAGGAACUUAUUGUAAACUAUAAAAUCGAUCAGCAGGUCAAAGUUCUAAUGGACAAAAUAGUUGAGUUGUAUAACCAACAGAAAAUCAGAGAAACAGUCCAGAGAUUAACUCUCUCACUAAGAAAAAUUGACAUAAAAUCAUUUUUCAAUCAAUUACUGAAAUUCAUUGAUGAUACUGUUAGGCAGCUCCAAACAAUCGAUUACAAAAAUCUAGUGGAUGAAGUCAACAACUUGCUUGAUGCUGCUAUCAAGAAGCUGAGAACCUUUGAUUACAAUAAGUUUGUAGAUGAAACAAACAAUAAAAUCCGGGAAACAGUACAAAAGAUCAAUGAUGAAAUUAGAGCCUUAGAGCUACCGCAAAAAGUGGAAGCUGCAAAACAAUACAUCAGAGAAGUUGCUGCUGUGGUUUCUCAGUACAUACAGAAAUUAAAAAACACUAGACUUGCCACAAUAGUUGACUGGCUCAACGAUCUCCUAAGCUCUACAGCAUUAAGUGAACUGAAAAGUAAGGUAAGUGAUUACCUGGAAGAUGCACGUGAUAGAAUUUACCGAAUGGACAUCCCAGUGGAAUGCCAGAGAUACCUUGAGAAGGCGAGCCAAUUGUACAGCACCAUAAUCACCUACCUAGUUGAUCAGUGGAACACUGCCUCAAAGAAGAUUACUGUUUUAGCUGAACAAUAUAAUGUAAAAAAUAUGGCUCACAGUUUCAACCACUUUGUUGAAACUGGUUUUAAAGUUCCUGAAAUCCGAACAGGCAUAAUCAACAUACCUGCUUUUGAAGUCAGUCUACGGGCCCUACAGCAAGCCACAUUUCAAACUCCAGACUUCACUAUUCCAUUAACUGACCUGCAUAUCCCUUCUUUUCAGGUAAACCUCAAAAAAUUACAAGAAAUCAGAAUUCCAGUCAGAUUUACUACUCCUGAGUUUACCAUUAUAAAUACCUUUAAGGUUCCAUCCUAUACAAUUGAUCUGAAUGAAAUCAAACUGAAGAUUGUGAAGACAAUAGAUCAAAUCAUGUCAAGUGACUUUCAGCUGCCAGCAGCUGAUGUAUAUUUCCAAGAGUUAAAGAUGAACGAUAUGUAUUUUUCUGACUUUUCUUUCCCAGAAAUUAAUUUGCCUCAGCUACAGAUACCUGAUUUACUGAUCCCUAAGCUAAAUUUGAAUGAAUUCCAGUUCUCAGAUAUCCAGAUACCAGAAUUCCAGCUGCCACGUAUUCCACACUCUCUGACUGUCCCUACGUUUGGAAAACUGUCCGGUGCUUUUGAAGUCGCCUCUCCCUUCUUCACGUUGACUACUAAUGGUGCUUUUCAGAAUGUAACAGCUUUUCCCCACAGCCCAGAAUUUGUGGGCUCUGUUUUAGCUGUAGCAACAUCCAAAAUCAACUGCCUUGCUUUCAAACUGACUGCAGGUACACACCUCUUGGCUCCCAAGAUGCAGCAGUUAAUCCUAAGAGACAGCCUGCAGUUGUCCCAUGCAUACCUUGAAGCUACUCACACAGGUGAAAUAACAUUUUUGGGGACUUCUGUUCAGGGGAAUGCUGAAACUGCAGCAAAAUUCCACACUGAGCGUAAUGCUAUAGAACUGCACAACAAGUUAACAGGCAACCUACAGAAGAUGGUUUCCGUGGAGAGCAAGACAAUGUACACACACAGGCUAAAUAUUCCAAAUGCCUAUUUCACCAGCCAAGCAGAAUUAAGCAAUGAAAUACAAACAGUGUUGGAAGCAGGACGCAUAUCAGUUACUUCUGUUGGUAAAGGAAAUUGGAAAUGGGCUGCUCUUGACUACUCUGAUGAAGGAAACCAUGAAUCAAGUGUCACUUUCAGUGUAGGGGUACCUGUAGCUGUAUUUGUAGUACAAAACAAGAUAAAUGAUAAGUACUUGAAAGUCAACCAAAGACUGGAAUAUGAAUAUAAUUUACCAAGUUCUGCAAGACUUCAGGUUGAGUCUACAGUAGAGUCUCCACAACUGGGACGUAGUGUCUUAAAUGUACAAGGCACAGGGAAUCUUGCAGAGCUGAAAACAGAACUAAGGGGCACACACAAUGCUAGGCUAAAUGGACGCAUAUCUGGGACUCUAAAUAAUGAUGUGGCCUUCUUGGUGCAGCCCUUUGAAAUUAGCACAUCAACAAAUAAUAACAUGAAUGUAAAAGUUAGCUUUCCAAUGAAAAUAGUUGGCAAAAUUGAGUUCCUGAAUAACUAUGGCCUGGCCCUGAGUCCUUCCACUCAACAAGUCAGCUGGGUAACCGAGGGCAGAUUUAAUCAAUACAGAUAUGCCCAUAACAUGUCUGCUGGUAACAAUGAAGAUAGCAUUGAAGCUUCUGUGUCCAUGAAUGGUGAUGCUAACUUGGAAUUCCUAAACAUUCCUCUCUCAAUUCCUGAACAAUCUGUCCCUUACAUUGGCAUCAAGACACCCCACGUGCAAGAAUACUCUCUGUGGGAGGAAACAGGACUGAAGAAUUUACUGAAGACUACAAAGCAGUCAUUUGAUUUAACAUUAAAAGCUCAGUACAACAAGAACAAAGAGAUGCACUCUUUUCAAAUUCCUUUAGAUGGAGUGCAUAGAGUGCUCAAUCAAUACAUUGCAAUCUUCAACAGGCACUUUGAGAGAGGCAGAGACAACACCUUAGCUUUCCUUACAGAGUCAUAUAACCAAGCCAAGACCAAGUUUGACAAAUACAAAGUAGAUACUUCAGUUAACAAAGUCCCACAAACAUUCAAGAUUCCAGGGUACACCAUCCCAGUGGUCAACAUUGAGGUAUCUCCCUUUACAGCUGAGCUCCCAGCUUUUGGCUAUGUGAUCCCAAAAGAAAUGAGCACCCCAAGUUUCAUUGUCCCAUUUGUCGGGUUUUCAGUGCCAUCGUAUACAUUAGUCCUUCCAUCAUUGGAGUUACCAGUCCUUCAUGUUCCUCAAGGUCUGCAGACACUCAAACUUCCCAGCUAUCGAGCACACACCCCAUUAAACAGAAUCUACAUUCCAGCCUUGGGAAAUAUUACCUAUGAGUUUUCAUUUAAAUCUAGUGUGAUUACCCUGAACACAAAUGCUGGGUUUUUUAACCAAUCUGAUAUCAUAGCUCGUUUGAGUUCAUCCUCCACUUCUGUGAUUGAUGCCCUGCAAUAUAAAUUGGAUGGAACAACCAGUCUCACAAGGAAGAGGGGACUGAAGCUAGCAACUGCAUUAUCCCUGAACAACAAAUUUAUAGAGGGAAACCAUGAUAGCACUAUCAGUCUCACAAAGAGAAACGUAGAAGCUUCAGUGAUAACCACAGCAAAAAUCAAUAUACCUGGCUUAAAAGUGAAUUUUGGUCAGAAUCUUAAGGGAAACGCUAAAUCAAAGCCAAUGAUUUCUUCAGCUAUUAAUCUAAACUAUGUUUUGGAUACUCGUGGUGCCACUGCUCAAGGAGAAGUUGUCCACAAGGCCACCCUAGAAAGCAUUAUAUCUUACAUAUCUGUAGAUACUUCAACUAGUGGUUUUAUCAAUGGAGUGUUUCUCAAGAGAAACCCAUUUUCUGGGAAGUUAGUCCAUGAAGCAAAUGCCUACCUAAAUGCUAAAGGUGCUCGCUCCUCAGUCAAAUUUGAGACUAGUUCUCACAUGGAUGAAAUUUGGAACUUUGAUACAAAAGAAAAUGUUGCUAUUGAAGCAUCUACUCGUCGUAUUUAUGCAGUAUGGGAUCACAAUGGAGAAAAUAAUCUGAAAUAUUAUCAAACUGUCAUUACUAAGGGAAAUCAGAACUGCAGAAUAACUUUGGAACUAGCACCUGGAAGUAUGUCAGCAGCUCUUCAGAUACAAGCUGCUCAACCAAGUAAUUUCUUUGGUGAGACUUCAGUUAAUCAAGACUUUUCCAUUGCCAUCAGUAGUGGAAAUCAGAAGAUUGGCUGGAAGUUUGAAGGCCAAGCCCUCUCUCUGUUCCUUGGACAUGAUUUGCUAUUAUCAAAUGACAAUACAGAAGCUCGUUUUGACGUGUCAGGGUCUUUGGGAGGGCAUGCGGAUUUCCUCAGACUUCUUGUGCUGCCUGUUUAUGACAGGAGCUUAUGGCACAUCUUGAAAUUAGAUGUCACUACAAGAGCUGAAGAGAGGCAAUACCUAAAUGCAUCAACAUCCAUAUUAUACACAAAAAAUGAGGAUGGGUACUUUAUCCCCAUAAAUGUGAAGCGACUAACAGAUGGAUUUACAUUCACAAUUCCUGAAAUUGACCUGAAUAAUAUCAAAAUUCCUGAAAAACUGACUAGUAUGCCAUUUGAUAUUGGAUUGCCGUCACUGCCAAAAAUACAGUUUCCCCAGUUUGAUGUAGUAACCAGCUACAUUAACUUGGAAGAAUACAAAAUGCCCUACCUUGAGUUGACUAUACCCGAGUAUCUAGUAACUGUAUCUGAAUAUACCCUUCCAAAGACCCUUUCUCUUGGCAACAUGAUGGUGGAUCUCAACGCCGCAGUCAAGAAGAUAGCUGACUUUGACCUGCCUCCAAUUACGAUUCCUGAACAGCAGAUUGAAAUCCCAGCCUUUAAAAUCGCUUUGCCUGCUGGAAUUUACUUCCCCAAAUUCGGAGCUUUGGCUACGUCUUUCAAGGUUGCUUCCCCAUUGUACAGUGUCACCUGGAAAUCAGAUUUCAAGAACGAUAAAGACUCUUUCAAACAUUCCGUUGACUUUACUGCAAAUUCACCACUACAGUUCCUGGAGUAUGAUCUAGAUGGUGUGUCCACCUACACAUAUGAAGGUCACAGCUUAACAGUAAAAACUCAAGGCAGCUUUGCACAUCGCGACCUGAGUGCAGAAUAUAAAGAUGUUUUCACUGCACAAGGAUAUGGAAUCCUUAACCGCACAGCAUCUCUGGACAUCACCAGCCCAACCUUCACUGAUGUUCAAGUGCGUUACCGUGGACAUGGCUCAAAAGUUGCUACCUCAGUAUCUUCAUCUUCAGCUGGCACCCUUGGCUUUCUCAUCAAUCUGGAUACUGACAUUUUCAAGAGCAAGAUUUUCUACCGAACUCUGUCUAAACCUCAGAAGGAUAUUGAUGUCUUUAAAAGUGAGAUAUCAUUCAAAAAUCCUGAACUCAUUCAAGUCAAAGCUACCUGGAAAGAAGAUGCUGCCAUUGACUUACUCCAAGGUUUGAAAGAGAAGGUGCCUAAAAUAGCUGAUGCUUUGUACCACUGUGUUAACAAGUACCACCAUGAGCAUACGGGGAUGGAGAUCAGUACUGCUACCUUGAAGCUCAAGGACAACCUGAAAAAGAAUGCUGACACAGCUUACAGAAAUACUUUAAACACUAUCAAUGAACUAGAACAACAGCUUCAUGUGGUAACUAACCAGGCCACUGGGAAAUAUGAAACCACGAGGAAAAAAGUCAAAAAGCUGUUCAAUGAAGCAGCAGAUCAAGCCAAUCAGAUAGACUAUGACCAAAUCAGAGCCAAGUUUUUUGAUGCCACAAUGGAUAUAAUAGUGGAAUACCAUAAAAGGGUGAAGCAUCUUAUUGAUUCUGCCAUAGAAUUCUUGAAGAUAACAAAAUUCCAGGUGCCAGGAGUAGCUGGAAAGCACACUGGGGAAGAACUUUAUGUGAUGGCCACUGAAAAGUUAGCAAGCGCUGCAGAGCUCUGCAUUACAAAAGUGCAGGAAUAUUUUGAUACUUUGAUUGCUUAUGUCAGUGAACUAGAGGUUAAAAUUCCAGCUUCCAGCCAGAUCAUCAAAGGUAGUAACAUACUUGAUGAAAUUAAAGUAUUUCUAACACAUGUACACAAGAAAGUCAAUCAAUUAUUUCUUCGUCUUCAAGAGAUUGACUUUGCACAACAUCUAAGAGACCUAAAAGAAGUCAUUCAGCAAGUUUUCCAAAAGGUAGAAGAGCUGAUCAGAAAUUUAAAAGCCCAAAACUAUGAAUAUAUAAAAGACCAGACAAAACAGCUGUACACAAAGAUCUUACAAGCACUGAAUAGCUUAGCAGACAAUGUAAAAUACUUUGCUCCUCGUGUUGAAAACUUCUUUCAGCAGACCUUUCACACAAGUUCUAUGAAGCUAGAAGAAUUACUUGAAACCAUGAAAGACCUGUGGAAGGAAUAUUUUGAUCCAAAUGUUGUUGGGUGGUCUGUCAAAUAUUAUGAAGUGGAAGAGAAGGUAGUGGCUUGGGUGAUGAAUAUUCUCAACACUGUGGUGGAGUGGCACACCAAGUGGGUCACUGGUGCUGCUCACUUGGUUGCCGGUCUGACAGAACAAGCAAAACAAUUUGUGGAGAACCAUGGAAAAGUCACUGAACUCUCUGAGUCUGCUCAUGACAAGAUCCUGUAUUGGUCUGAAGUUGCUAAGAAGAGUACUGCCGAACAAAAACAACAAGUCAAGGCAAAGCUGCAGGAGGCCUAUGAGCACCUUUCGGAUUCGUAUGACCGGCUUAUCAUUGAGACCAAAAAAUUGAUAGACCUGACAAUAGAAAACUACACUGCAUUCCUCCAGUACCUCCAACAGCUUCUUGAUCAGUUUGAGCAAGCAACAGCUGACACCCUGAGGCCUUACAUAGUUGUUCGCCAAGGAGAACUCAGGAUAGACAUACCAAAACCAUUUGACUUGCCAUCCAUUUAUCACAUGCCCCAGUUAAGUGAGGAAGAUUUGAGAAAGAAAUUUGAAUUAAUGCGUGAACUGAUUCAGCAAGGCGUUGAUCAAAGCUCCAAGAAAUGGGAAGAACUGCAAAGUUUCAUUGAUCAGCAGAUUGGUGCUGGGCAACUGACCAUGCAACAGAUCAAGGAAAACGUACAGAGGCGCUUACAAUCUUGAAAGGACAAACAGAAGGAAAGAUUGGGAAAGCUUUUAUCAUGCCAUAUUUAAAACCAGCGGCAAUCAUUGUUUUUGGAACAUCAGAGAGCUUUUCAUUUGAAUUUGGCAUUUGUAAAUGAAAGCUGAAUAAUCUGCGGGUUAGUUUUGCUCUACAAAAGCCAAUAAAUUAAUUCUUUACGACAUUUCAGUGUGCUUUGUUAAAACCAGUUUUCUUAUAGGUCAUGGCCCAGUAUUUGUUAAUGGAAGUAUUUACAGGGGCUUCUGAAGGAACAGGGCCAGCUCCAUGUUGAGCAAUACAUUUUGCAAACUGUAUUGUCAAUGGACAUUCAAAUCCAGAUGGAAUAAGAAGCGGCAUAUGUUGUAAAGGUCAGCCUAAGGACCCAAGUAAAGAAUGUGAAUUGCAAAUAAUUUUUGAAUUAGAAAAGCAAAAGGGUUUUCUGUAAAUACUGAUGGCAUGAAACAGGAGGAAAGUAAGCGGGAGUGGAAGUGUUGGGUUGUAAACUGCUCAUCCUAUACAAAACAAAAAGAAAGGGGAAAAAACAUAACCAGUGGUAAAAUUAAUCUCUCUACAAGUAAAACAAAACACUUAUUUUCUCCCCUAAAUAGUUGUUUAACUAAUCAAGGGUCAAGCACUAUACUUGUAAAAAAUAGUUUCAUUUUCCUUGUCAACCAAGGUAGUAUUUUCUGGACUUUGCACAAACAUUGUUUUUAUAUUUCUGUUUUAAUUGUUAAGCAUUUCAUUUUUGAUCCAAUCCAAGGUCAGCCAUUGUUCCAGGCAAACUUCAGAUUAAUUCAAGGUUGUCACCUCCUUGUUCUGAAGCAGGCUGCUGUGCCACUGUUUUCACUCUGCCAGUGCUAGCUGGCUGGGCAAAGUUCAACAGAUGCAGUAUUUCAGGAGUGAGCUCUUUCUGCUGCUUAGCUUUUAAAGAUGCAGGAGCCCUCUCUAGACAACUCUGUGUUUUUUUAUUAGGAAGGCCUAAUAAAAAUGAUUCACCGGAUUGAAACCUUAAAUUUCUGAAAGCAAGAUAUUUGGGCUUAAUAAUUUAUUUGGUGCUAUAUUUAGCCAUUAGAAUGCUUUGUACAUAUUGGAGUUCAGACUGAUGGGAUUCCCUCCCUUUCCCUUCCUUUCUUGCUUCUAUCAGAAUAAACUCAUUUUGCAAUGUCAGUAGAAA